AUGGGCGCGAAUGAUGCCGCUUAUGGUGCCAUCAUUCCUUAUCUUGAAGAUUACUACAAUCUCACGUAUGUCGUGGUGUCCCUGGUGUUUCUCUCUCCAAUGGGUGGCUAUGUUAGUGCCGCCCUUUGCAACAACUGGCUGCAUGUCCGUCUUGGUCAGCGCGGAAUUGCUUUCGUCGGACCCAUCUGCCACCUUGUGGCCUAUGUAGGCAUAUCCCUCCAUCCGCCCUACCCUGUCCUGGUGGUUCUGUUUAUAUUCUCUGGUUUUGGCAACGGCAUCGAGGACGCAGCCUGGAAUGCCUGGGCAAGUAGUCUGGCCAAUGCGAAUGAGGUCCUAGGAUUCUUGCAUGGCUUCUAUGGUCUUGGGGCUUUGCUUAGUCCGCUCGCUGCUACAAGCUUGAUUGCAAAGCGCGGAUGGCAGUGGUACCAGUUUUACUACAUAUUGCUUGGCGGAGCAACCAUUGAGCUUGCAACAUCUCUUUGGGCCUUUUGGUCAAGAUCAGGUCAAGUGUAUCACGAACAGAACCCUGCUACGAAUGCAGCGGGCGAAGGCCGUCUUAAGCAAGCGCUCAAGAGCCGCGUCACCUGGGUGGCCUCUAUCUUUCUCUUUAGUUAUGUUGGAGCUGGGGGAGCGCUUGGAGGUUGGAUCGUGACUUUCAUGCGCCGAGAACGAGCCGGUGGCGAGUUUGAGUCUGGUAUUGUCGCUACUGGAUUCUGGACUGGCAUCGCUGCCGGACGUCUUAUUUUGAGCUUCGUCACUCCAAAGCUUGGUGAGAAGUUUGCUGUGCUGGUUUAUAUCAUCAUCGCCAUCCUCUGCCAACUCAUGUUCUGGCUCGUCCCGUCGUUUCACGUCUCAGCUAUCUUUGUUGCACUACAAGGGGUUUUCCUUGGCCCAUUGUUCCCAGCGGUCAUCGUUGCAACAACAAAAGCUCUCCCGCCAUAUCUCCACGUCUCCGUGAUCGGGUUUGCUGCCGCAAUCGGUGUCGGUGGCGGCGCUGCAUUACCCUUUGCUAUUGGAUCACUGGCUCAAGCAAAGGGUCUUGGUGUCUUGCAGCCCACAAUUCUCACUGUUCUCGUAGUGCUUUUGGUACUAUGGCUCUGCUUCCCAAAACUAGGAAAAAAGAAAAUAGGAGGAGACAUGCCUAUAUCAAGGCCAGAGGAGCCGCGGAAAUGGUGGCUUAAUAUAGAUUUCGACCUGAUCGAAACCGGAAGACACGCCAUUACGAAGGCUUGGGGCUGCUAA